AUGGAUCGCCAGGGAAGAGCCGUUCUGGGCGUCCCCACACUUGGAGUUCUGCUGAUGCUGUUCCAUACAUUGGCUCAAAUCGUAGCAGAACAAGAAGUGGAAAAUCUCUCAGGCCUUUCCACUAACCCUGAAAAAGAUAUAUUUGUGGUGCGGGAAAAUGGGACGACGUGUCUCAUGGCAGAGUUUGCAGCCAAAUUUAUUGUACCUUAUGAUGUGUGGGCCAGCAAUUACGUAGAUCUGAUCACAGAACAGGCUGACAUCGCGCUGACCCGGGGAGCCGAGGUGCAGGGCCACUGUGGCUACAACGAAUCGGAGCUGCAGGUGUUCUGGGUGGAUCGCGCGUACUCGCUCAAAAUGCUGUUUGUAAAGGAAAGUCACAACACGUCCAAGGGCCCCGAGGCGACGUGGAGGCUGAGCAAGGUGCAGUUUGUCUACGACUCUUCCGAGAAGACCCACUUUAAGGACGCCGUUCGCGCUGGGAAGCACACAGCCAACUCGCAUCACCUGUCUGCCUUGGUCACCCCCGCUGGCAAGUCCUACGAGUGUCAGGCUCAGCAGAGCAUUUCUCUAGCCUCCAGUGAUCCCCAAAAGACGGUCACAAUGAUCCUGUCGGCAGUGCACAUCCAACCCUUUGACAUCGUCUCAGACUUCGUCUUCAGUGAAGAGCAUAAAUGUCCAGUGGAUGAGCGGGAGCAAUUGGAGGAAACCUUGCCCCUGAUUUUGGGACUGAUACUGGGCCUCGUCAUUGUGGUAACACUCGUGAUUUACCACAUCCACCACAAAAUGACUGCCAAUCAGGUGCAGAUCCCUAGGGACCGGUCCCAGUAUAAGCACAUGGGCUAG